UUCCGUGUAGCAGUGUUUUGUGUUCAGACCGAGAGAAGGCUGUUAGGAGACCAGACGUGAUCUCGACGGACGGACAGAAAACAGAGAGAGACCCUCACGGUGGACAUCAUGUUUAAACUCGCUGCAGUGGCUCUUGUGCUUCUCAGCGCAAGCUGUUUUGCCAAACAAUCUGACCCCAAAGUGCAGGUGUACAGCCGUAACCCUGGAGAGUAUGGGAAGAAGAACGUGCUGAUCUGCUACGUCAGUGGCUUUCACCCCCCUGACAUCACCAUCAAGCUCAUGAGGAACGGGGUGGAGAUCCCGGACAGCCACCAGACCGACCUGGCCUUCGAGCAGGGCUGGCAGUUCCACCUCACCAAGUACGUGGACUUCACCCCCCAGUCGGGAGAGGAGUACACCUGCCGCGUCCGUCACAUGACCAGCCCAGAGAAAACUUACACUUGGGAACCGGACAUGUGAACAACAGUUCAUUCUCUCCAGCUAUUCUCCAAAACUUCCAACCUGCUUUGUUUUCAUCAUGUCAUUUAGGGGUGUCCAGUCCUGCAGAGUUCAGUUUCUGGUAACUCUGAAGACCUUGAUUAGCUGGCUCAGGUGUGUUUAAUUGAAGCUAAACUCUGCAGGACAGUUAGCCCUCCUGACCCAGGAUUGGACACCUCUGCUUUAGGAUAUGCUGCCCUUGUUGUAUAGACUGCAAUAUGUUUUCUUAUACAGGGUGAAGAGAAGCCUCUAACUUUGAUCUAUUUCAGUUUCUGUGUCAGUGUGACAAAUGAAGAAUAUUCACUCUCUGCCUGCAGUAAAUAUGAGCACAUUUCUAAAAGCUUGGGUGUGGAAUUUCUUGCCUUGAUUUAGUCUUCCCAACUUCAGCACUUUGACAUAUUAAUGGCUUUGCAUAGUACUUAUUAAUGUUGUUGUAUGUGCUUAUUAUGUAUAAAUGUGUUUAAAAUUAAUCUGUAGAUUGAGGAGAGGUGACUUCUCGAUUUAAGGGGCAUCAUUUUUGCACUCACGGGUUCAUGCAUGUGUUUAGUGUUUAGGAGCCUAUAGCUUCUGGCAGACAAUGCUUUUGAAAAAAAAAAUAAUAAUUAUGUCCCCGUAAACAAAUCAGAGUUUUACUGUAAAAAUCAGUGACAAAAGAUUAAAAAUUUGAAAUGUAAGGCCGAGUGUGUGUGAACAUCACUGACUCUAUGAUUCAUUGUGUCUCAUAAUUCAGUUCAAUAAAACAAUUUUCCUUAUUAA